GCGCUGACGUGAUUGGCGGCACCUUUACGCGGAUGGAGGAGUGCAAUAAUUGACAAUAAACCCACAACGUAUGCCUCCAACAAAUUGCGGGCUACUUGUGCAGCAAAUUGCCCCAAAACAUCAUCAAUGAUACACCCAUCGGCGUGAGUGGUCGUGUGAAGCUUCGCGAGCGCUGACAGCUGAUCUAACGGGUGAAAUGGAGCACAUCCGGACGCCAAAGGUGGAGCAGGUGCGACUGUUGGACCGCUUCAGCAACAAAUCCACAAAUGGCACUCUGUACCUGACGGCGACGCAUCUCAUCUUUGUGGAGAGCGGCUCCAACAACUCGACGUCUACCGCUCAGGAGAUCUGGAUUUUGCAUCACCACAUAGCGUCCGUGGAGAAGCUGUCCCUGACCACCACCGGAUGUCCUCUGGUCAUCCAGUGUCGUAACUUCCGUGUGGUUCACUUUGUGGUGCAGAGAGAAAGAGACUGUCACGACAUCUACAGCUCGCUGCUGCGCCUCCUGCGGCCUGUGUCCUACGAGGAGCUCUAUGCGUUCUCCUACAACCCGAAACAGAGCGACCAGCAGAGAGAUGAAGGGUGGCAGCUCAUCGACCUGGGGGCGGAGUUCGAGAGGAUGGGCGUCCCCUGCGACCAAUGGCAGCUCACCAACGUCAACAGAGACUACAAGGUGUGUGAGACAUAUCCACGGGACCUGUAUGUUCCCAUCACGGCCAGUAAGCCCAUCAUUGUGGGGAGUUCCAAGUUCAGAAGCAAAGGACGCUUUCCUGUACUCACAUACUUCUACCAAGAAAAGAAGGCGGCAGUGUGUCGAUGCAGUCAGCCCCUCUCUGGGUUCAGUGCGCGAUGCUUGGAGGACGAGAGCAUGCUGCAGGCCAUCAGCAAGGCCAAUCACAACAGCCAAUUCGUCUACGUCAUGGAUACCAGGCCAAAGUUGAAUGCGCUAGCUAAUCGAGCAGCAGGCAAAGGCUACGAGAACGAGGAUAACUACUCCAACAUCCGCUUUCAGUUUGUCGGCAUUGAAAACAUCCACGUCAUGAGGACCAGCCUGCAGAAAUUGCUAGAAGUGAUCGGGAGUCGCUCGGUCUCCAUGAGCGACCACCUGGUGGGGCUGGAGAGCAGCGGCUGGCUGCGGCACAUCAAGGCUGUCAUCGAUGCCGCCAUCUUUCUCAGCAAGGCGGUGACAGUGGAAGGAGCCAGUGUGUUGGUUCAUUGUUCAGACGGAUGGGACAGAACAUCCCAGGUCUGCUCCCUGGGGGCGCUGCUCAUGGACCCUUAUUACCGCACUAUCAAGGGCUUCAUGGUACUGAUCGAGAAAGACUGGAUCUCCUUUGGCCACAAGUUUGCCGACAGGUGUGACCAGCUGGACGGGGAUCCAAAGGAAGUGUCCCCUAUCUUCACUCAGUUCCUGGAGUGUGUCUGGCAGCUGACCGAGCAGUUCCCUCAGGCAUUUGAGUUUAGCGACUGGUUCCUGCUGCAGAUCCACGAACACGUCCACUCCUGUCAAUACGGAAACUUCCUGGGCAACAAUCAGCGGCAGAGGGAGGACCUGCGGCUCAGAGAGCGGACCCACUCUCUUUGGGCAUAUCUAAUGAGUGAAAAACAGAUGUACUCCAACCCGUUCUACAGCGCUGCGUACUCUGAAAGCCACCCUGUGCUGGAGCCCUCCACUCUGCCUUACCACUUCAAGUUCUGGAGGAACAUGUACCACCAGUUUGACCGGUCUAUGCACCCACGCCAGUCUGUCCUCAAGACCGUUCUGACUCUUAGAGAGAACAGCCGCGAGGCAGAGAGCACGCUGCAAGCGCUGCAGGAUCGGCUCCACCAGCUCGGUGCGACCCCCGUCGUGACCUCUGACCCUGCUCCGCCCACAAGGGAUCAGCGCUCCAACACCCUCCCGCCACGUCCCGAUUCCCUCAUUCUCGGGGCGGCCAUAAACGACAAGGAAGUGCAGCGGCAGGCGAACGAGCGCCAGCAGCAGUUGCAGGAGGAAGAGGAGGAGGAGGAAGUGGGCCAGGAGGCCGUAGAGAGCACCGACACCGAGCGGACAGUGGAGGGCAGCAGCGGCACCGAGAGCAGGAAGCAAAGCUACGGAGAGCUGGAAGGGACAUACAAUAGCGAGUUGGCAAAAGAGGAGCCAGCUGUUGUCAGCCUGGAGUUUGGAGUGGCACGCAUGACCUGCUGA